GUUGUAUAAGGUGGAGGAUCUUUGACAAAUAAUUUCAUAUCAGCGCUGACUUCAUUCACAUCACUGCAGCAAAAUCAGAUCAUUUCCAUCUUUAUACACGGACAGAGCUUGUCAGUUUUCAGUGAUGUGGGGCUCACGUCUGCUGCUCCUCCUGUUGGUCGGACUCUGGCAUCAGCCUCACGCCCAGACCUCUCAGCCCAUGUUCCAGGUUGUCACACAGACUAUGCUUCCUCCUGACAAUCUGCACAAUCCCACACAGCUCAACUAUGGGAUGGCUGUAACAGACGUGGAUGGUGACGGCGAUCUAGAAGUGGUGGUGGCAGGGUACAAUGGGCCCAACUUGGUGCUGAAGUACGAUCGCACUCAAAAUAGGCUGGUAAACAUUGCUAUUGAUGACAGUAACUCUCCAUACUACGCCCUGAGGGACAGAGCGGGUAACGCUAUUGGAGUUACAGCAUGUGAUGUGGAUGGAGACGGACGUGAGGAGAUCUACUUCCUCAACACAAACAAUGCCUACUCUGGACGAGCAACGUAUUCAGACAAGCUCUUCAAGUUUCGUAAUGGCCGCUUCGAGGAUCUUCUGAGUGACGAGCUCAAUGUGCGUCGUGGCGUUGCUAAUCGCAUGGCAGGACGUUCUGUGGCAUGUAUUGACAGAAAGGGAACAGGCCGUUACUCAGUCUACGUGGCCAACUACGCCAGCGGCAACACCGGCCCUCACGCUCUCUUAGAGAUGGACGAAGCUGCCAGUGAUGUCAGCAGGGGCAUCAUCGCCCUGUCUGACGUGGCAGCUGCGGCUGGGGUCAACAAGCUCACGGGUGGUCGCGGUGUGGUGGUUGGACCGAUCCUGAACAAGGCCAGGUCUGACAUUUUCUGUGACAACGAGAACGGACCCAACUUCUUGUUUAAGAAUAAUGGAGAUGGGACUUUUGUUGAUAUGGCCAGACAGGCAGGUGUGGAGGACCGAUCCCAGCACGGCAGAGGAGUGGCACUAGCUGACUUUAAUGGCGAUGGGAAGACAGACAUCGUCUAUGGCAACUGGAACGGCCCACACAGACUUUACCUGCAGGGCAGCGACUCUAAAUUUCAGGACAUAGCUACUAGAGGAUUUGCCACCCCUUCCCCUGUUCGCACAGUCAUUGCUGCUGACUUUGAUAAUGACAAGGAACUGGAGGUGUUUUUCAACAAUAUUGCCUACAGAGGCAACGCCCCUAACAAGCUGUUCAAGGUGUCAAAUAGAGCUGGGGCGGACCCAUUGAUCCACGAGCUUAAUGUGGGAGAUGCUGCAGAGCCACAGGGGAGAGGAACAGGUGGCACUGUGACAGACGUGGAUGGGGACGGACAGCUGGACCUGCUGCUGGCACAUGGAGAGAGCGCCCAGCAACCAAUCUCUGUCUUCAAAGUCACACAGGGCUCGUCCAAUAAGUGGCUGCGGGUCAUCCCUCGCACCCAGUUUGGCUCUUUUGCCCGGGGCGCCAAGGUAACAGCCUUCACCAAUCAGGGUGUAGGUUACACACGCAUCAUUGACGGAGGCUCUGGGUACCUGUGUGAGAUGGAGCCUGUCGCCCACUUUGGUUUAGGAAGUGAUGAGGUGAAGUUACUGGAGGUCUCCUGGCCGGACGGCAGGUCUAUCACUCGAACCAUUCAGCAUGGUGAAAUGAACUCAGUGGUGGAAGUGGCCUAUCCCAGUGAAGGGGAAAUGUCUGCCAGUGACAUGCAGUGAGGUAAAGGCUUUAUUGUCAGAAUGGCCGCUGUGCAGGUCCUCGAGGAUAAUCACAUGAAAUGCAAUAGAAAUGUUGCAGAGAUCAUGUUUGAAAUUUUUAUUUUUUUUGCCCGUGCAUUAAGACAGGGGCCCUGUUGUUCUCUUUACUAUGUGCAUAGUUUUAAUAUUUUUGUGUUUCUUAUUUUUCUCUUAUUCAUUUUUUAUUGCUACUGCUAUUUUAUGGUUUUUUAUUUUUAUGAGCCAUGGAAAGCUCUCUAAAUAAACUGCUACAAAUCAA